CAUGGAACUUAGCAAUUUGGUUUGAUACUGCAAUGUUUGAAAUGGAAAGGCCCUCUACUACCAUUCCUAACAAACCACAACAAUAUACAAACAAACCAGGGAAAGGGAAUGGCGGACCUGUGCCAAUGGAACUAGACUAUGCCAGAAGCUCUUCAAAUAAAAAAAAUCGCAAACAGUUAUUAAAAUUUAACAGCAAAAUCAACGGUCACCCUGCUUGGAUCCUUCUUGAUAGUAGAGCGUCUUGCAAUUUUAUUGACAAAGAUUUUGCCACCCAGAAUAAACUAAUAUUAAAAACCGUUUCUCCCUUAUCAGUUGAAUUAGCAGAUAGAAGCAAAGCACAAAUGAAUAAGACAUUUAACAUAAAUAAGUUAGAACUAGGUCCUUACUACACUUCUAGGAUAUCAGCACAAGUCUUGAAGCUUCAACAUUACGAUACCAUUCUAGAAAAACUAUGGUUGUAUCACACCAACCCCAACAUCAAUUGGAGGAAAAAUACCUUGGUUUUCCAGUAUAGGUCCAAAAUUAUUGAAGUCCAAGCAGAUUUCCAAAAAACACCUAAGGAUCCUAGUUGUAACUCAGUAUUCAUAUCUCGGUAA